UUCCGCACCGGUCGAAGGCGAAAUCUGUAAUUUUGCUCGGAUCUUAGAGAGAGAAAAAGAGAGAGAGAAACGGAGAAGGACGAGACGACGAGAGAGAAAGAAAGUGUGCUCUUGUGAGGACUCGUGGAGGGUCGCUCUGUGCGAUGCGUGGAAGACAGGUGACAGAACAGAAGAAACGUCUCUGAGAUCGUCGUCCUCUUCAAAAAUGUCGAGUUCUAACGCUCUCUCUCUAACCCUACUUUUCCUUCUCUGAAGCUCUCGCCACCAUUCAGCUUUCUUCCUCUUGAUCAAUCGCUCCGUUUCCUCGCCGGUCUCCGCAACCGCCUUUUUCAGAGAUGACGACGGAGGUGGCCAAGGUAAUACUGUACAUAGUGGUGGUGGACGAAGAGGACAAGAGAGAUAAUGGAAAAGAGUCGUUUCGAUAUACGCGUUCCGUUCUGCAGAGCACUCUGCAGCUCAUGGGUUGCAAAGCUCGUCAUGCCUUCAAGAUUUGCCAAGGAGUGUUUGAGUUGAUAAGGAGCGAAAAGUUCAUUGAUCCUUUGCUUCCAGAAGGGAAAGAAAAAUCAGAUUCCAAUGAUUCAACUGGAAAGUGGGAGAAAGAAGAUGCUCUUCUCACAGAUUUGACCGACACAGAGGCUGGCAAGCAGUUCAUUUCAAGGAAAGACGGCAGUGGUAAAAGUGUACCAUUCGAACUGUACAAAAGGCGCACAACUGUUAUUGUUAUGAGAGAAACCUUCUUAAAUAUUGUGUGCAAUGCUUUGGCUGAGUAUAAGUAUGUUGGUCCGAACCAGAGGGCCGACCUAGUAUUGGCAUGCAGAAUCAGAGAAAAGAAGGAAUCUGUUACUGUAUUGUUGUGUGGCGCUAGUGGCUGCGGCAAAUCUACUUUGUCCGCGUUGCUGGGUAGUAGGUUGGGAAUCACAACAGUGAUAUCAACUGAUUCAAUUCGGCAUAUGAUGAGAAGUUUUGUGGAUGAGAAGCAAAAUCCUCUCCUGUGGGCUUCAACCUAUCAUGCAGGGGAGUUCUUGGAUCCUGUAGCAGUUGCAGAAGCAAGGGCUAAAAAGAAAGCUCAAAAAAUGGCGGGUACACCACAUACACUUCUCAAAGAGGAUAUAGCUGAUGGGUCUACUGCUGGGAUAUCCGAGAUGCAGAAACAGGAGGCUGGUUCUGGUACUACUGAAUUGCUCAGUCCUAAGCAGAUGGCUAUUGAAGGUUUUAAGGCACAGAGUGAGAUGGUAAUUGACAGUCUUGAUCGGCUAAUUACUGCUUGGGAAGAGAGGAAAGAAUCAGUGGUAGUUGAGGGUGUUCACUUGAGCCUUAAUUUUGUGAUGGGGCUGAUGAAAAAACAUCCUUCAAUCAUACCAUUCAUGAUAUACAUCACAAAUGAGGAGAAACACAUGGAACGAUUUGCUGUACGUGCAAAGUAUAUGACACUGGACCCAGCCAAGAACAAAUAUGUGAAGUAUAUCCGUAACAUCAGGACAAUCCAGGAAUAUCUUUGCAAGCGGGCUGACAAGCAUCUUGUCCCUAAAAUAAAAAAUACUAAUGUUGACAAGAGUGUGGCAGCUAUACAUGCGACGGUCUUCAGUUGCCUUCGUAGGCGUGAGGCUGGGGAACAACUUUAUGAUCCCACGACAAACACAGUGGCUCUGGUAGAUGAGGAAUAUCGAAACCAGUGUGCAGCAAAUUCUUUGAGUUCCAAGGGAAUGUUUCAGCUGAUUCAGAGACAAGGUUCAUCUAGGCAUCUUAUAACUCUUGUUAAUAUUGAUGGAUCCGUGGCCAAAGCUUGGCCUAUCGAAGCUGUUGACGGUAAUGGAAAGCCUCUGUUGGUCAAUCGAGAACAGAUUGGAAAGGCAGAACAAGUUAAUCUUCAAUUUGGCCUUUAUGGGAUUACUGCUUGGCCCAGUGAUGGUGGCACUAGUCGUGCUGGGAGUGUCGACGAGUCAAGGGCUGACGGGACUGAUACUGGUAGUAGAUAUUACUCGUCUUGCUGCAGCUCACCAAGGAUGUCUGAUGGACCUUCGAAGGAGCUCAAGGAAGAAACUUCAGUGCAUGGAAGUGAUGAAGAGAUUGAUGACCAGCCGGAGGCUGGCAGCGAUGAUGAUCUUAGUGACGACGUUGACAGACACGACCCUGAAGAGGUAGGCUCAGUUGAUGAGGAGUCUACGAAAUCAGAUGAAGAGUAUGAUGACUUGGCGAUGCAGGAUAUGAUGGAGAACGGGUAUUGGUCAGAAGAUGAAGAAGCAAAGGAUAAGAUUGCCCCUGUUUCCGGGGAUCAAACAUCCCGCAGGCAACGGGACAAGUAUUGCCGGAACACAGAAAACUUUUUUAGGACCAAAAGCGAUUCAUUGUCCGAACCGCUGUGCCCUUACUCCUCCCUGCUUAGGGAGAAGAAUGAGAUGAGAGUUCCAUCUCCUGGCAAUGCCAAAGCCAGAAAACGGUCUCUCAGCAUUCCAGCUAUGGGAAAGCAUGGAUCAGUGAUAAGUGAAGCCAUACUUUCCGGGGCUCCUCAGGAUCUGGGCUAGCCUAACAGUUUUGUACUCUUGUUGUAGAUUAACCCUCUUUUUUUAAAUUUAUUUUUAUUGUUUUAUUUUGGGGAGUGGCCAUUUGGUCUGCAGGAGCUAUGUAUGUUCAUCGCUCCAUGUGUACAGAUGCUCCAUAAAUCAUACGUCUCCUUGAAGGAUCGAGAUGGCCAUUAUAGAAGUGCGUUUUCCA